AUGAAGGAGACCGAGACAAUUGAUGAGUUUGCUAGCAAACUCAGCGCCAUGAGCAGCAAGUUCUCCACUCUUGGUGCCACGCUUGAAGAUUCUUCUUUGGUAAAGAAGCUGCUUGAUUCGAUCCCUGAUAAGUUCUUCCCUAUUAUUGCCAGUAUUGCACAUUUUCACGAUCUUGAGAUGAUACCAUUUGAGGAGACUAUUGGGCGACUGAAGGCGUACGAGGAACGAACACUACGAUUACGCGGAAACACCAAUGACACUAAAGGUGAGCUCCUAUUUACUCAUGCCGAAUGGCAAAUGCGACAGAAGGGGAGCAACGUGGACACUUCGUCAGGAGGCAAGGGUCAUGGGUCCAGCAGCCCUAGUCGUGGCAAAUGGUGUGGGCGUGGGUGGGGGCGCGAUCGUAGUCGUGGUACGCCAAGCCAAGACAGUGCAGGAGGCACUAGUAGCAAUGGCAGAGGCACUCGUGAUAAGAGCUGUAUAAAGUGUUUCAAUUGUGAGAAAAUGGGGCAUUAUGCGUCUGAAUGCUACAACAAGCAUCGUGAUGAUGAGUCUCACCUCACUUGCGCCACCGAUGAAGAGCUAUCACUGAUGAUGAUCGUGUCCCAUGAGGAGCCUGACACUAGGCGUGAGCGGCAGGAUACCAUUCUGCUCAGUGAAGAUAGGUUGUUACCGAAGAUGUACCGCGACGUUAAUAAAGGAGAUAAAGACGUUUGGUACCUUGAUAACGGUGCCAGUAACCACAUGACUGGCCAUCACGAGAAGUUUCAAGAACUAGAUGAAACCAUCACCGGGAGGGUGAGGUUUGGCGAUGGAUCAAUCAUUGAGAUUAUGGGCAAGGGGACGAUUGUGUUCGAAUGCAAGAACGACGAUCGGAAGGCUCUCCACGAGAUAUACUACAUUAUAAAACUUUGUAGUAAUAUCAUAAGUCUCGGUCAAUUGGCAAAAACUGGGAAUGAGGUGCACAUGGAAAGAGAUACCAUGAAGGUGAUUGAUAGGAGCGGGAAGCUCUUGAUGCUGGUAAAGAGAACACAAAAUUGCUUGUACAAGAUAACCUUGAAGACAUUCAAGUGGAUGUGGGUGUUUAUAUUGGCAGCAAAGAAUGAUGCAUUCCAAGCAUUCAAGAAGUUCAAAUUCUUGAUGGAGAACAAGACUAAAUACAAGAUCAAAACACUCCGGACAGACCGGGGCGGCGAGUUUCUAUCCACGGAGUUCACUCAGUUCUGUGAAAAUGAAUGA